GUAUAAUAUGUUUUAGCCACACCUACAUGUAUAGACCUUGAUUAAUUAUUGUGUAUACAUAGAUUGUACAUAGAUAGAGUCUUGAUGGCCUUUUCAGCACCUUCUCUUACAAGAAUAUGUGUUAUUAAAGUAGUAACAGACAUCAAGAAGUUUUGUUAUGGCUUGACAUUUGACGAUCUAGGAAAAUUCAAGUUCAUUGUUGGACCGUUCGAUAAUCUUUCUUCUCAAUGCAUUGAAGAGAUCUUUGAAUAUGUGAUUUUCACCAAGCAGCUGAAUUCCUCCUGGCUAUCGCUGCUCAUUGUCCCCCACUUGAGGGGCGUUGACUUCAAGCACUUUCCUGGUGGAGUUACUCCUAAACUAUUCAAAAUACUGAAGAAUCGCUGUCAUCUUCUAGAACGAGUGAUAAUUCCAAAUUGCAGAAAAAUCUCUAACGGUACACUCAAGUGAUCUGCUCGGCCAAAACCCGUCUCUCCUGGAGCUGGACAUUUCCAAUAAAGUGAGUCCUAAAGUGGAUGUCUCGAUUGUGGAAACGCUUGCGUAUUCGUGUCGGUGUUUGACCAUCUUGCAACUGUCAGACUAUCGAGCAAGUGAUCCAAGAACUCUUUUGAUGCUCUGUGGGAAGCAGGCUAUUGAAAAACAGCGAAUGACGGAACGUACUAGCUCUAUUGUGCUUGCAGACUAUUUAUCUCAAACUAUCUACUGUCAAGUUUGUGGGAAAGUGAAAUCUUCUCAAGCUUUAUCUGCAAAACAAGGUCAAUCAAGUCAGCCUAUGAAAGUGGUCACUACUGGAAAUGAAGUACAGCCAUUGCAAUUAUCAUCUCUGGACAGUGUUGCCCGUAUGUCAAUUGGAACUGAACUGUACAAUACCGAUCAUCGGCCUACUGUUGUAUCAAUCAAUAGUGUCUGCCAGUGUGCAUCUGAAGAGCCUACAGGCAAUACAUAUCAAGGGGAUGCUCAAUUUGCAAUAGAGUUAACAAACGAAGAGCGAGAAAACCAGAAAGUGGAUGACGUACAUUUAGUAGCUGCUGGUGACAAUGUUAAUUUAAAGCCAGACAACAGUGAUGAAGAUCUUUAUGAAAGCGAUGGUAGCCUUACUGCUCUUAACAUUGAAGAUUGUGGUACUCAGUAUGGAUGCCUGGAAUUGGAAACACUAUGUCUUGAUAAUGUCAACAUUACUGAUCAAGUAAUGGCAGUGCUAUUACAGUAUCUGCCUAGAUUACGCAAUUUGAAUCUUUGCGACACUGAUAUAUGUAACCCUUGGAGGCUGCUCGAUCCAUCUCAUUGUAUUCACCUCUUACAACUAGAAGAGUUGGACAUAAAAUCCACUGCUCUCUCAAGAACAGCACUCGAACUGAUACCUAAAUUUCACCCUGAUCUACAAAGAUUUUCAAUCUCCAGUACCACUUUGCCACCACACACAUACGCCAAUAUAGGUAAACUAACCGGUGUGGCUGACCUCGAAUUGAUUGGGGGGCAGUUUUAUCCCUCUGAGCCAAAAGAAAUCUUUGACAAAGGCAUUGCUCCAGCAAUACGUGGGAUCGGACAGCAUUUGAGGCUACUCAAUCUAACAUAUUUUGCUCACAUUGAGUUUGAAGUGAUCCCAAAAAGUUGCCCAAAGCUUGAACGAUUGGAUUUGAGUUGUGCUGUUGUCACAUUUUUGUAUCCUUGUGAAUCACUUGGUGACUGUUGCCCUAAUCUUAGAAACCUCAAUCUAGCUUUCUGUCACAUUGAAGCGAAAGAAGGAACAAUAGAUAACCUAGAGCCUGUUUCACCAACAAAAGCUCUACAGAAAAUGAUUGGGCAGCCUCCAAAACUCACUGAACUAAAUAUGAGUGGACUAGCGGUUAGUGAUGAAACUCUACGGAAUAUUUUCCCACGAGCUAUACAGCCUCUUCAAGUUCUGAAUUUAUCUCGUUGUAGCCUUGCUACAGUAAAUGGUAUUAAUUACAUUUGGAACAAUUGCCCGUACCUGCACACAAUAGACCUGACUUACUGCAGAGAUGUUACAGUGGGAGACUUUGCCAGCUUUGAGACUAAAUGUUUCGAGGAGCGACCAUUAUUCAAAGUAGAAGGGAAACUUAACUGGAAGUAAACAUUAAUUUAUUAAGGACUAUGCCCAUGGUAUAACUGUGAUAAUUCCCUAUGAUAUUUCUGCAGACAUG